CUCUAUUAAUAGAUCCCUAAUUCAUAGUGACGUCAUUUAGAGGCGCCGUCGCGCUCGCCCUGCACGUGUUGCUGUGGGAUUCAGCAGGAAGGGAGCUCUGUUACCCGGCUGGGGGAACAGGAAGGGAGCUCUGUUAUCAGUCUGGGGAGCAGGAAGGGAGCUCUGUUACUGAGCUGGGGGAACAGGAAGGGAGCUCUGUUACCGGGCUGGGGGAGCAGGAAGGGAGCUCUGUUAUCAGUCUGGGGAGCAGGAAGGGAGCUCUGUCACUGAGCUGGGGGAACAGGAAGGGAGCUCUGUUACCGGGCUGGGGGAGCAGGAAGGGAGCUCUGUUACUGAGCUGGGGAAGCAGGAAGGGAGCUCUGUUAUCAGUCUGGGGAGCAGGAAGGGAGCUCUGUCACUGAGCUGGGGGAACAGGAAGGGAGCUCUGUUACCGGGCUGGGGAGCAGGAAGGGAGCUCUGUUAUCAGUCUGGGGAGCAGGAAGGAAGCUCUGUCACUGAGCUGGGGGAACAGGAAGGGAGCUCUGUCACUGAGCUGGGGGAGCAGGAAGGGAGCUCUGUUACUGAGCUGGGGGAGCAGGAAGGGAGCUCUGUACUGAGCUGGGGGAGCAGGAAGGGAGCUCUGUCACUGAGCUGGGGAAGCAGGAAGGGAACUCUGUCACUGAUCUGGGGAAGCAGGAAGGGAGCUCUGUUAUCAGUCUGGGGAGCAGGAAGGGAGCUCUGUCACUGAGCUGGGGGAACAGGAAGGGAGCUCUGUACUGAGCUGGGGAAGCAGGAAGGGAGCUCUGUCACUGAUCUGGGGAAGCAGGAAGGGAACUCUGUCACUGAUCUGGGGAAGCAGGAAGGGAGCUCUGUUAUCAGUCUGGGGAGCAGGAAGGGAGCUCUGUUACUGAGCUGGGGAAGCAGGAAGGGAGCUCUGUCACUUAUCUGGGGGAGCAGGAAGGGAGCUCUGUCACUGAUCUGGGGGAGUAGGUCUAUGGCCGAAGUGAUGUCUGAGCUCCCUGGGAAGAGGAAGGAGCCGGCGGAUGGGGUCCCCCAGGGCCCAGGGAAGCGGAGGAGGAAGGCUCGGGGGGCUGGCGAGCGCUGUGUGCCGCCCCCAGUGAAGCGCAGAGCCGGGGUUAGUUUUAGUGACAAUCACUUCGCUGAGGCAGAAUCAUACCUGGAGGGUGGCCUGCGCAAAGUCCGGCCCUAUUACUUCGACUUUGAGACCUACUGCAAGGGCCGGUGGGUAGGCAGGACACUGCUGGACGUGUUCAGCACCGAGUUCCGAGCCGAGCCCCUGGAAUACUACCAGCAGGCAGCCCAGGCCGGGAGACUUCGUCUCAACGAGGAGACCAUUCGGGACCUGAACAUUGUGCUCAAGGUGAGCUGCCAUCCUCACUGUGGCCAGGGGCAUUCAUACCCUAAACAACCGUGUCAGCCCGUACCCUGCCGGCAACCGUGUCAGCCCGUACCCCCCCUGCAGAGGUGUCAGACCCGUACCCCGCCUGCAGGUUGGGUGGGGGAGGGCCGAACACUCUCUUUAUAAUUGUAAUCAAGUAUUUAACCAGGAGAGGUUUAUUCAGACUACUCUGGUUUCCAAGUACGUCCUGGGGCUGUUACUAUCCUGCCAAUGUUAAGGUCACUCUGGCACAGUGCCCUGCUAGUAUUUGGAAUACUGUCACUGUAUUAAAUGUGGUGACAAUGGCACCAUGCACAUCUGCCUCUGGGUAAUACAUGUAUUUCUUGCACAUUAAAAUGGAUCUGUCACUAUUGAGAGGGGUUUGCAUAUUAAGCAGAGACCCCAGAAGGUGACAUCUCUGGUUAGUGACCGUGGGUUUCAGUCAGAGGUAGCUUUUACUUACCUGAAGUUGUCACGUACAGGUGCGGCCAUCUUUAUCCUGAGGACCUUCUUCAGCUCUGCUCGUUUGCAGACAAUGUCCCUAUCCCACCCAGUCAUUUGUGAUUGCUCUGUCUUUUGUCAACCUCAGGCUUGUCCAUAAGACAAAGUAGUCCUUACUUUCUUAUAAAAUGUUUAGAAUUCCAACGCAGUCAGCAUUUGUUUAUACCUUAAUGAAAUACUAAGAACCUCUAUCUACUGUGAUCUGUUUGUGUUGCAGAAUAAUGAUUUUCUCAGGAACACAGUGCAUCGCCACGAACCACCUGUAACAGCACAGCCUCUGCGUAUUCUGGCUGAGGAUGAUGAGAUGAUAGUGGUGGACAAACCGUCUUCGCUACCAGUCCAUCCGUGCGGUCGCUUCCGCCACAACACAGUUAUUUUUAUUCUGGGAAAAGAGCACAACCUCAAGGAACUCCACACCAUCCAUCGCUUAGACCGCAUGACGUCUGGUGUACUCAUGUUUGCCAAGACCUUAGAAGUGUCCAAGAAGAUUGAUGAGCAAGUCCGAGAACGCCAGGUGAGGUGGCCAGUGUGGUGACCCAUUGGCAUUGUCAGAAUUCCCAAAGAGCUGUCGAUAUAUCACAAAAGGAUCCACAAGCACAUAGGACCAGGUUGUUGUUUAUGUAAAUGGCAGAAGUUGUAGUUUGCCUUUGUGGCAACCUUGGUGAAAUAUUCACCUGUGGUGUCAUGGGAUUUUCCUUUACUGGCCAUAUCGUCCAGCUUUACUUUUCUUAUAAGCCAACCACAAACAUAUUACAUUACUAUUUGCAGAGCACGCACAUAGCUUAUUAUUUGAAACUCACGAUAUGAGAAGCUGGAAUGGGUUAAACCAUUUUCUUAGCAAGUUAAAAGAAAACUGUCGUCAAGUUUUAUUGUUGUUUAAUACAUUUCACAAGUAUUCUAGCCUCCGUGUUUAUUUGUUUGUAAUUGUGACAAAAUGCCUUUUGUCACUGGAUUUUUAUAUGACCAACUGCCCUUUGCCCCUGGCUGUUGGAGCCUGAUUGCCAGCCUCCUCGAUCAUGACUAUGGCCUUGGGGUGUAUUGCCAUUUAAAAAGACUAUUUGGGGCUUAUUGGCUUCUAAAAGACUGUUGCUGCCCAUUUGAAUGCAUGGGAAGAUGUUUCUCUUCCACUCCCCCGUUUCCUGUCUAUUGUUCCAGCAGGACAUUGUCCCAGGCACACUGCCAGACCAGUUGGAACUUGCUGUUUUGCCCCUCCUUGGUCUCUCAUCAGCUCUUGCUGUGUUUUAACCCCAUGGCAAUUUGACUGUGUUUGUGGUAUCUGAGCGCUGUUUGGAUAUAGUGAUGAAUGUGGGUGUUCUGUUAAGUAUAAUAGGAAUUAUGUAUUUUUACGUGUUUUUGCUGUUGUUGUGAAUAGAGCCAUUUUCUGCAUGAUGGAGGUAAUUGGCUUACCACACCCAAGCCAUGCUUGCAGGCGGUCACAAAGGGGCUUUCAACUAACUUUUGACCCACUGGACCAAUUUGUAUGAUUUUGACGUAUGUUUGUUUGUAUUUGGAGUAUGCUGAUUCUGAAAAUGAUGUAUACUUGUGAGUAUGAUGUAUACUUUUAGAGUUAUGAAUAUUGUGUAAAACUGUGUAUUUUCCUGCCUGUGAUAAUUAAGUUAGACCAUUGUGUUCAGUAAUUCUAUCACAGGCAGAGGGGAGGAUUUUGUGUGGGAGUGUCUGUGUGUAUUGUACGUAUUGAUUGGUUGUUCUGCAAAACCCUGUGGGCAAUACUAUGUUUGUAGAAUGUGAAUAAAAGAGGCUGGAUGUGCCAGUCCAGGCAGUUCUACUUCACCCUCAAUCUGAGUCCUGUCUCUUAUUGGGGGAAUCUGCUAUAAGGGAUUGCUAUGCUCUGCAUAUUCCCUUGCUAUAAUCACUGAGCUCUUGUAAGAGCUUGUUCCUGUCUUGCUCUCUGAAGGAGUCUGCGGUGGUUAUGGUAUCGGCUGCAGUGUUUGGAGCCCUCAGGAUGCGCUAGGAGCAUCCUUCAAUGGAGGUACCCAGUCGGGGUGCCAGGUGAUCCGUUACACUAAUGAAGACACAUCAGUAAAUAUCUCUUUAGUGUAUCUUUAGUGUUUAUUGCUGCAUGAACUUUGGUUGGGUAAACGCCAUGUCUAACUCGAGAGCUUGUGUGCGUUCUUAAUAACAAACCAUGACAACGGUUUUCUUUUAAAUGAAAGGGACACUAUAGGUGUCUCAAUGAAGAGGUCUGUGUGCAGUGCCGUAGCGUUUUGCUCCUGCAAUGUAAAAUAGCAUAAUUUUGGAGAUAUGACAACUGUGAUAAACAUCUAGAAACAUAGAAUGUGACUUGGCCCAUCUAGUCUGCCCAAUUUUCUAAAUACUUUCAUUAGUCCCUAGCCUUAUCUUAUAGUUAGGAUAGCCUUAUGCCUAUCCCACGCAUGCUUAAACUCCUUUACUGUGUUAACCUCUACCACUUCAGCUGGAAGGCUAUUCCAUGCAUCCACUACCCUCUCAGUAAAGUCAUUCUUCCUGAUAUUAUUUUUAAACCUUUGUCCCUCUAAUUUAAGACUAUGUCCUCUUAUUGUGUCACACAAAUAUUAUGACUAAGCAUAUAUGUCCUCUUGUGUAAGACUACUUAAUUUUCAUAUGAUCGUGAGACAAUCUCUGUCACCACUUGUAGUGAGGUCACAGGACACUAUAGCGACACACUUGCGUUCUAUGUCUGUCUGCAUUCCAUCGUAGAAAGGUCUUGCUGUCAGUGAGAUCUAUUGGGGGUUUGUGAGUUUGUUUGUGUCAUUUACUUGUAUGUCACUGUGUGUUAUGUGCUUUGUUGUACAUAGUGAGUUAGUUUGUGUCAUUUACUUGUAUAUUGCUGAGUUUUUGCCUCUGAAAUAAUUUUUAUUAACGUAGACGGACCAGAGUGAUUUUAUUUCAUUAGUGGUAUACUAAUACCACAGCAAUGUUUGCUUGGCGGGGCUAAACACACCUCUAGUGACUGUUAUACUGACCACCACUGAAUGGUGUUUUUGGAGUGCGGACAGUCAGAUUGUGUUCUUUAAAGGACCACUAUAGUGCCAGGAAAACAAACGUGUUUUCCUGGCACUAUAGGGGCUUUAGGUCCCCCCCACCCUCAGGGUCCCCCUCCCACUGGGCUGAAGGGGUGUUAAACACUUACCUUUCUCCAGUGCCAGGGAACUCUCCUCACUCUGCCAACGUACACGCCGCAUGCGCGGCAAGAGCCACUCGCGCAUUCAAACACUCCAUAGCAAAGCAUUUCUCAAUGCUUUCCUAUGAACGUCCAGUGUCUAGAAGUGCGGAGGUGCCUCUAGCGGCUGUCAGUGAGACAGCCACUAGAGGCUGGAUUAACCCUAAUGUAAACAUAGCAGUUUCUCUGAAGCUGCAGGGUUAAAACUAGAGGGACCUGGCACCCAGACCUCUUCAUUGAGCCGAAGUGGUCUGGGUAUCUGUAGUGGUCAUUUAACCUCUUAAGGACCAAACUUCUGGAAUAAAAGGGAAUCAUGACAUGUCACACACUUAGUGUGUCCUUAACGGGUUAAAGAGACACUAUAGUCACCAAAACCACUUUAGCUUAAUGCAGUAGUACUGGUGUAAAAAGCAUGCUCCUGAAGUUUCACUGCUCAAUUCUCUGCUAUUUAGGAGUAAAAAUCACCUUUGUUUAUGUAGCCCUCGUCACACCUCCCCUGGCUGUGACUGAAACAGCCUGUUUGAGAAUAGAAAAAUGGUUUCGUUUUUCAAUCAGAUGUUAACUUGCUUUAGAAGUUUUUUACCUCCAGGUCUGUAAUUUGAAUUUUUUUAACCACACUCGGGAGGCCCAUGCAGGGGUUUAGCAAGCUAUUAAUAGUGGGAGAUAAGAAAAUCUAAAUUAAACAGAAUUUGCAAUAAAGGAAGUGUAAACAUUAGAUGACUCUUUACAGGAAGUAUUUAGGACGCUGUGCAAGUCACAUGCAGGGAGGUGUGACUAGGGCUUAGCAAACAGUGAUUUAACUCCUCAAUGGCAGAUAAUUGAACAGUGAGAUUGCAGGGGCAUGAUCUAUAAUCAAAUGAUUACUAAACCGUUUUCCCCCUUACUGGUGGAUUUUAGUGAUUACGAUGCUUGGAUCAACCCUUUGAAUAUAAUGGCCCAGGCUAGCAGCAGACCUAUAGUGAUCUCCUGGAGAACGCAUAUCAAGCUUCAGGAGAGAAAUCUAGUAACAGAACGAUCAAUGUUUUAUGUUGUAUAAUAACCAGGAAUCUAGAACCUUGGAGAUAGAUUUUAGCAGCGGGAGAAGAGGUGAGUAUUAAUAGCUUCACAAGAAAUCCAGUAUAUCAUUUAUCUUUAUUUAUUGCUAUUCUAUAAUAUACAAGCUAUGCUGUACACUGUCAGACUUGUAUGUCUUAAUUAGAGACUAAAAUAAUAUGCUACAUAGGUUGUGUUUUUUUAUAAAAUUCAAAUAAGCAAAUAAUGUUGAGUGUUUAAUUAAAUGUAGAAGAGAAAUUUGAUAAAGUUCAUCCACUUUCAUUUUCAUAACAUUCAGCUCAUUGUAUUCUCUUUGCUCGUAGCUGGAGAAGGAGUAUGUGUGCAGAGUGUGUGGACAGUUUCCGGAAAAAGAGUUGACGUGUGAGGAACCCAUCCUGGUUGUCUCCUACAAGAUUGGUGUAUGUCGUGUGGAUUCAAAAGGCAAAUCUUGCAAAACCGUCUUUCAGAGACUUAGUUAUAAUGGCAAAUCCAGCGUGGUAAAGUGCUUUCCACACACUGGCCGAACACACCAAAUCAGGGUACACUUGCAGUAUCUUGGACAUCCUAUUGUCAACGAUCCAGUAUAUAACGCGGAAUCGUGGGGGCCGACCCGGGGUAAAGAUGGUAUAGUCAAUAAAAGUGAUGAGGAGCUCCUCCGGUCACUGGUGGAAGAACAUAAAUCUAAGCAGAGUAUUGACGUUUUGGAUAUAACAGAAGACGAUCUCCAACUAGCUUUCCAAAACAAAACUGUGGAGGGCUCGUUGUCAUCUGCAGACGAUGGACCAAGGGAAGAGUUCCAGACUGUGAGUAACUCUACAGACACAGAGGCUCCAGCUUCAUCUCAACCAGUAGCCACCCCAAGCAUAAUUACGGAAUUGGAUAGUGGACAUUUUACCUGUAAUAAUGGCAAAGCAAACCAACUAGGAUUAAGAGACCCAUUGUGUGGGGAGUGCAAGCUUGUAAGACCAGACCCUUGUCCCAAAGAUCUAGUUAUGUAUCUUCAUGCUUUGCGAUACAAGGGAAGCGACUUUGACUUUUCUACUGAAAUGCCAGACUGGGCAAGCGAGGACUGGCAGAUCGACUGAAAUAUGGUACCUGCAACCGUCACAAGUUCCGUUUUUCAUUUGGCCUUACAACAGAAUAUGUCCUUAUCCAGCGAGAGACUAGUAGUUCCAUAUAAAUCUUUUUAAAGUGAGAUUGUGUGUAAUUUCUUACUAAUAUUUUAUUAAAUCUUUGUAAAUCCGUGUUUUAACAAAU